UAUAACAAAUUAUCCUAUUUUGAAGAAAAGUUAAGAAUCUUUAGUUAGAUUAUGACAAGAGAUAAAGUUUUCUUAGCAAAUGAAGUUACCUUUAUUGAAUUACAUUAAUACAAGAGAGCACCCUCUUAAUUUGUACCAAGUGGAAUAUAUCUUUCUCAUUCUUAAUAUGCUUAGAGUUCAACAUCAAAUGGUUUUCUCUUCCUCAUGUUCAUUCUUUCUUUGGCUUCUCAUUUUAUCAGCAACAUUUUCUCUAGUUUUAGGGAACAAAGCAUUUACUGGAACAUAUGGAGUAAACUAUGGUAGAGUAUCUGAUAAUCUACCACCCCCUGAAAGUGUAGUUACACUUCUCAAAGCUGCAAAAAUCAAGAACAUAAGAAUCUAUGAUGUAAAUCCUCAAGUCUUAAGUGCCUUCAAAGGAUCUGGAAUAGGAAUUAUAGUAUGUCUUCCUAAUGAACUUUUGACAGACAUAGGUGUAGCCGAAGAUCGCGCGAUGAAUUGGAUCAAAGAUAAUGUUCAACCAUAUCUUCCAGGAACAAAAAUAGUUGGCAUUUCUAUUGGAAAUGAAAUUUUAGGUAAUGGAGAUGUUGGAGUUUGGGAAGCUUUGCUUCCGGCGUCGAAAAAUAUCUAUAGUUCUCUCAAUAGACUUGGUCUAGCACAUGAAAUUGAAGUUUCAACACCACAUUCAGAGGCUGUUUUUGCCAAUUCAUAUCCACCAUCUUCAUGUACAUUUAGGGAUGAUAUAUUACCUUACAUGAAACCACUUUUACAAUUUUUUUCACAAAUUGGAACCCCUUUUUAUAUUAAUGCAUACCCUUUUUUAGCAUAUAAAAAUGACCCUUCACAUAUUGACAUAAACUAUGCUUUAUUUAAAAAAAAUCCUGGCAUAUAUGAUGCUAAGUCAAAACUACAUUAUGACAAUAUGUUUGAUGCUCAAAUUGAUGCUGCUUAUUUUGCAUUGGAAAAAGUUGGAUUUGAUAAAAUGGAAGUGAUUGUUGGUGAGACUGGUUGGGCUUCUCAUGGUGAUGAUAAUGAAGCUGGAGCAACUGUGAAAAAUGCAAAAACUUAUAAUAAAAAUAUGAGAAAGAGGUUACUUAAGAGAAAAGGAACACCUCAUAGGCCUAAAAUGUUGGUGAGAGCUUAUAUAUUUGCUUUGUUUAAUGAAAAUUUGAAGCCUGGCCCUACAUCAGAAAGAAACUUUGGAUUGUUUAAACAUGAUGGAAGUAUUGCUUAUGAUAUUGGAUUUACUGGACUUAGACCUUCAUCAGCAACUUCCUCUUUACUUUCCUUCAAGGGUAUUGGAUCUUCAUACGUGAUGGUUUCUUCAAGCUGCAUUGCAAUACUUCUUCUUCUUAUAGCAUUGUAAUUAGUCAAAAGAUUGAAGAUACAGGAGAAUUAAGUUAAUGAUUAUUUGAACCUUGUAACAAUUUUCUAAACACAUUGAAUGUAUGGGAAAAAAUUUGUACCACAACCUCCCUAAUUGUUAGAUAUCUCAC